UGGCACUAUGUUAUUUAGAAAACUGGCCUCCGACUGUUUGUAGGGAUUUGAGGCUGACCUUUCUUUGCUGUUUCACCUCGCCGACAGAGGGAUUGUGAUGGUUUUUAGCCAGCAUCACACCAGCUGCACAGUGCGCGAGCCCUGUUGUCCGGAACGUAUAGACAGAGUUGGUUUUUUUUCUUUUGUUAGAAAUUAAAAACACCUCCCAGUGUCGUUGGUUGUAUUAUCUUGAAUGCACUGGGUGUUAAAAUGUGAAUAAAAACAUGUCUCGCCUCCCAUUGUGGUAUUACAUCACAGCUUCUGCAUCACUGCAUUUACGUGUGUCAACACACACUGAGGGAGGAGUGGCUGUGUUGGCCAAACCUACAUGAACAUAACAACGAACGGCAGCAACACGUGAUGGAAAUAUGAGGCAAUGUAUGCAAAUCUGGAAAUCAAAUUACGGGCCUCUUCUUGCCCCCGUUGAACUGAUGUGUUUUGGUCAGACAGAGAAAAAAACAGUCAGCUUUUUUCUUUCUUAAUUAGGAGCAGGAAUCGUUUUUUGCUUUCAUCCUCCCAUAAGAUGUUUUGGAAACAAGAGCCAGAUGCACCACCAGCAUCGUGGUAUGGAUGAUGAUGGGAUGAUGGAUAAAAACAUGGCCGGACUAACCUGUUAAGAGGGACCUGGGUAAAAUUUGCUUACAGGACCAUAUUGUGCAGUUUCUAGCUAAAAAAUGGCAGUGGAGAAGCGUCUGGCGUUCUCUAUUGUGCAGUUCCUCCGAGAUCAAACACACUGUGGUGCUUUGAAUUCUGACGAGCAGGAGAGCCUUGAAGUUGCGAUCCAGUGUUUGGAGACUACCUUUAAGAUCAGCUCCAGUGACUGCCAUCUUGCUGUUCCACAGCCUCUGACAGAGAUUUUCCUCAAUUCCCUGCUCAAGAAUGACAACCUCACCAUACCAGAGACUUCUCCGACUCCGGAAGACAUCGAACGAGCAGAGCAGCUUAAGAAUGAAGGGAACAAUCACAUGAAGGAAGAGAACUACAGAUGUGCAGUGGAGUGCUACACAAAGGCCAUCGAUCUGGACCUAAGAAACGCCGUGUACUACUGCAACAGGGCUGCAGCUCACAGCAAACUGGGCAAUUACACAGAAGCAACUUGUGACUGCGAGAGAGCCAUUGGGAUCGAUCCCUCCUACAGCAAAGCAUAUGGGAGGAUGGGUUUGGCUUUGACAGCGAUGAACAAGUAUCCAGAGGCAAUUUCCUACUUCAAAAAAGCGUUGGUGUUAGACCCCGAGAACGAUACCUACAAAUCCAACCUGAAGAUUGCAGAGCAGAAGCAAAAAGAAGCGACCAGUCCAAUAGCUGCUGGACUGGGAUUUGACAUGGCCAGUUUAAUCAACAACCCUGCCUUCAUCAGCAUGGCUGCAAGCGUGAUGCAGAACCAACAAGUACAGCAGCUGAUGUCAGGAAUGAUGUCUAAUGCAGUCGGGGGUCCUGCUGCAGGAGUGGGUGGACUGUCAGACAUUUCCAGCUUGAUCGAAGCAGGACAACAGUUUGCACAGCAGAUCCAGCAGCAGAACCCGGAACUGAUCGAGCAGUUGAGGAACCACAUCCGGAGCCGCUCCUUCAGCGGCAGCGCUGAGGAACACUCAUGAUCUACUCAGUCUCACAUGUUUUUUCCAAGGAAGGGCAACCAUAUGGCGCGAUUACAAUCUCUACACCCAUUUCUUAAAUUCAAAUCCCCGGCAUGGCUGGAAAUGAAGAGACAAGGAUGGGGUUGAAGGCACUUUACUGUGACUAAAGGCCCAGGAGUGGAGAGACGAGGGCCUGGAGUCUGGACCACGAGAAGAAGCAUCCCACACAUUUCGGGCAAAACAUACUGUACAACACCUAAAUCUAAAAAGAGCCAAGAACUCAUUCAGCCCACCGCGAGAACAUGAGUAAAUCCUGUCUUCAGAGCUUUUACAUUAUGCAGAGAUUGUGUUUUGUAUGUGUUGAAAUAACUGCCCUCUUCACAUUAUGAGUUAAGGAUCCUCCUUCUGUCUAGUCAUGAUGAAUCGAGGGUUAGGGAGGAAUGUACUUUUACAGCAUUGCAGGGAACAUUUCAGCUUUUUCUCAUACAGUAACAUCAGGUUUACCUUGUUUAUACUGCAUACUGUUUAUUUUUGUAGACAGAUUGAAGCCCUACUUGUUCACUGGAUGACAAACACCAUUCAGUCCUUGAACACAUGGGACUCACAUCACCGCUUUUCGAUGAGUACUUACCUUGAUUUUUGAUUAAGACAACUGUUUAAUGGCAUAGCAGUGUUUGCAGCCUGCAUCAAGUUGUUGUUGCACUUUAGCAAAAAUAAAUGUCUCCCCUUUAAGCCUAAUUAAUUGUUAAUUAACUAGUAACAAAAUAUUCAGAUUGUUCAUUUUGCAUGCUCUUAAAUCUGGUAUUUGAUAUCAGAUAUCAGAUGCUUUGUGGAAACUAAUAGGUAUGCUUGGGCAGUCACAAUGUUUUGUCUAAAACAUGUGAAUAAAUGUCUUGAAAUUGAUCAACUCCUCACAUUCAUGCUUG